UGUCGGUGACAGUGGAGUACAACAUGGCCUGGGUUGACGCCCGUCUCCGCGGCCUCUCCACCGGUUGGGCCCCGGUACCGGCAUCGUUCAUGUGGGCCCCUCCCCUGGCGUUCGGGACGGCCGUACGGAGAGCUGCUGACGUCAGCAAGAAGAGGAAGAGCGGCGGAAGAGGAGGGAGCGAUCAUGACAUCAGCAUGUGGCUCCACCCAUCCGGAAUCCUGUUCCACAGACUCACGAGAACUCUGUACCUGACCUGUGUGCCCAGAAUGGCAAGGUACCCAUUGGAUCAACAAGAAUGCAGCUUCAAACUACAUGGAUAUAGUGGGUUGUAUUUCCCUCUUCACCGUCCAAAGAAUGCCAGCUCUCCCGGGCCUGUGACAACAGACAUGACGGCCGUUGUGUCCCAGUUCGAACUAACAGGGCUGGACUUCCAGUCUUCAGUACAACAAAUAGACAACACUGAGGCUGCCUGUCAUCUGCUCACAGGCAAGUGCGCCUACAGCGCCGACCACUGUACCCGCAUGCGCAGGUGUAGCCAUGGCAACGAGUGUGCCGUGUGCAAAACCUACUUCGGCAGCUGCCAGUACGAAUCCAACGACUGCAGAAAGUCCAACACAUCAGGUCUGAGUGAGGUCGCCACCCUGGAGGUCCGUCUGCAGUUUUCCCGCCGUCUGCAGAGUCACGUGUUCGUGACGUUCCUGCCCACUACCGCAGCGGUGAUGACGUCAUGGCUCGGCUUCUGGCUGCAUCCGCAGGAGAUCAACGGGAGGGUCUCACUGGGGAUCAGCACGCUCCUGUCUCUGAUCAUCAAGAGCAGCAAUAAUGAUAACCCCCAGACCAACCUGGUGCGAGCCUAUGACGUGUGGAUGAGCGGGUGUCUGGCCAUGGUGAUGCUCGCCCUGCUGGAGACUGUCCUGGCUAACUUCAUCCUCUCAGGAGGACAGCUGCCAGGAUGCCCAGGUCUGUGGCAGACUUCGGUAGAACCGAAGCCCAGACGGUCCACCGCUUGGGUUGGUGAUGAAGAGGACACAGUGCACUCUGCUGAGAAAAGAGCAGUGAAGCUCGACUUCUGCGCUAAGAUCCUUUUUCCUGUGGCCUUUGUGGCCUUUCUGAUUGGCUUCUUCACAUAUUAUGCCUGAAGUUCAGUUUCACAUGUUUGUAUAUAUGGCAAAAUGUUAUUAUUGCAUGAUUAUGAUAAUU